UUCAACGAAUAUAAAAAUGAUUUUAGUUUCUGUCACUGACGUUUCCACUGCACAUUUCGUAUCGAAGCCAGCUACAUGAAGAAAUUCGAUGUGUUAAGUUAAUCACUGUUUUAUCACUGUGCGGAUUAUCAUCAGAUGAAAAUUAACUGUGGUUGCACAAAUUCAGUCCUUUUCUGUAGCACCGUAUUUGGCUUAUCGUGCUUAAUUACAAGUUUGGGAAAAUGGGUCGCGAGAUCGACAGCUCAGUGCCUGGAUUGUCUCAUUUGCCGAUUUUAAAAGGCUUCACUGCGAGAGGAGAAUCGUUUUUAGAGGCUCGGAAAGAAAUAGAUGGCGCUGAAAAUCUCUGGCGAAUCGGAAACAACCUUUACGAUCUCAGGAACUUCAUCAAGUCGCAUCCUGGCGGACAGGAAUGGAUUGCAAUCACCAGAGGCACGGAUAUCACGGAACUUUUUGAAUCUCAUCACCUGACGAACAGAGCAAGAAAGCUCUUACCCAAGUUCUUUGUCAGAGAAGCAACAACCAAGCGGAACACGCCAUGGACUUUUAACAACGACGAUUUCUACUCAAAGUUUAAACAACGGGCAUUGGAGGCACUGAAAGAUGUCGAUUAUCACAGACCUUCGAUCAGAUCGAAUCUCAUUGCCGAUUCAUUAUUAUUCAUCACCCUUCUAUCAUCCGCUUUAGCUGCAAAAACGGAAACGUGGAGCGCCAUCUUUUUUGCAGGUUUAUCAUUGGCCUUGGUGUCAAUUUGUGGACACAAUUAUUUGCACAUGCGAGACAAUAUUCGGAUGUACUAUUUAGAUAUUAGUCUCAUGUCUUCCAAAGAUUGGAGAUUUACUCACGUUUCCAGUCAUCAUAUGUACCCGAAUACCCUCUGGGAUUACGAGAUAUAUGCGUUCAUGCCAUUUUUCAAGUGGCUCCCCAAUGCCGAUAAAUCAUUGGUACAACGAUUUCUCAGCGUAGUCUACUGCCCCGUCAUUUGGGCGUUAUUUUUUCUCGGCCAAGGCAUCAAAAGAUACUACGCCAUAUCGAAAACCAUGAAAAUGGAUUCGAGGGAUUUGGUCCCAUUUAUCAUUCCAUUCACGAUGUUAUUUUUUGGUUCAUCUCCGAUCAGAGUGAUACUAGUGUGGUUGAUGAUUAUCGUCUUCGCUAGUUUCGUAUUCAUUUUUCUUGGCUUGAACGCGGCUCAUCAUCAUCCGGAUAUUUUUCAUGACGGAGACACUCACCGGGAAAAUUUUGACUGGGGUCUCUUCGAACUGGAUGCAGUCCGAGACCGAAGAAUAAUCGACGACAUAUCUUUUCUCACUUUGACAACUUUUGGAGCGCAUACUCUUCAUCAUUUGCUGCCUACCGUGGACCACGCUUACUUACCCCUUUGCGAAGAAGCAUUGAACAAAACGUGUGAAGAAUUUGGAAUCAGCAAUGAUAAAUUCUCUUUUUGGGAGUUAAUUAAAGGCCAGUUUAAGCAACUUGCUCGCGUACAGGGAAAGUCAAAUUUUCGAUGAAUGCAAACAUUUGUUCCAGAUUAUUUUUCUUGUGAGAAUAUGCUGCCGCGUUAUUGAAAACUCACAGGAAAUUUUUGUAUGAAAAUGUGGUAUUUAAAAUAGAAUCAAAAUUGAAGAAGAAA